AUGGAUGCCCCCUCUUUUGGUUGGAUUAAAUGUAAUAUUGAUGGUCCAUUUGAUGAUAUCUCUGGAGAAAAUGGUGCAGGGUAUGUGAUACGAGACUUCAAAAGAAAAGCAACCUUUUGUGCUUCCUUAGUCUUUGAUGUUCGUUCUGCUGAAGAAGCUGAAGCAAGGGCCAUCUGGGCAGUUCUGAAGAAAGCUGUGGAACAACACUUAACUCACAUCAUCAUAGAAAGUGAUGCGAAAUCUCUCAUCGAUCAAUUUUCAGCUGGGAAUUUUGAUGGGGACUCGCAAACGGAUGUUAUCUUUAAAGACAUUCUAUUUUUUUCUUCCAAGUUAUAUGCUUGUAUCUUUAGUUUCCAAACUCGAUAUUAUAAUUUUGUAGCUCAUGAACUUCCUCAGUGGGAUAAACAAAAUAAUUCUACCAUGUACUGGUCUACACCUCCUGUUUGGAUCCUUCCAACAGUUGAGGAGGACCAUUAG